CUCCCUCCGGUUGCCGCCGCAUCCACCUCCAGAAUAGCGGACGGAAACCAGAGCCAAAAAGUUCAGUCCGCCGCCGGCCAGAACCUUCGACCCGACGUCUUUCCUUAAACGAAUUCCAUGAAUUUGGCUGAUUGUUCUUCUCACUCUGCGACGGCUCGGCUUCUCCACUUUGGUAGUCCCGGCGCCAUCUACCUGCGCCGGUUCGUGGGUUCUCUCCAUGUAGGCCGGUGUGGCUCCAACCCCACGCACGUGAAAACCCUCCGCCUCCGUUCUAACCCUCCUAAAACGCUCACCGUAACUGCAGCAAUGGCUAGUGAGGCCGAGCUCGCGGCCUCGGCUAAGAUAAUCGAUGGGAAAAUGGUGGCCAAGGAAAUCAGAGACGAAAUAACUACCGAGGUAUCAAGAAUGAAAGAUGCGAUUGGUGUUGUUCCCGGGCUAGCAGUCAUGCUUAUCGGUGAACGAAAAGAUUCUGCAACUUACGUACGAAACAAGAAGAAAGCGUGUGAAUCCGUUGGGAUCAAUUCCUUCGAAGUGCGGUUGCCGGAGGAUUCCGCUGAAACCGAAGUUCUAAAGUUUAUCUCAGACUUCAAUGAUGAUCCUGCUGUUCAUGGCAUUCUUGUCCAGCUGCCACUGCCAAAGCAUAUGAAUGAACAGAACAUCUUAAAUGCUGUUAGCAUUGAGAAAGACGUGGAUGGUUUCCAUCCCUUGAAUAUCGGCCGUCUUGCCAUGCGUGGAAGAGAACCUUCCUUUGUUCCUUGUACACCAAAAGGGUGUAUUGAGUUGUUGCAUAGGUAUGGUUUCCAAAUCAAAGGGAAGAAAGCAGUUGUGAUUGGCCGCAGCAAUAUCGUUGGAAUGCCAGCUGCUUUGCUACUUCAGAGGGAGGAUGCUACUGUUACUAUCGUGCACUCUAGGACCCAGAAUCCUGAACAGAUAGUCAAAGAAGCAGAUAUUGUCAUCUCUGCUGUUGGCCAACCCGAUAUGGUCAGAGGGACUUGGCUAAAGCCUGGUGCUGUUGUCAUUGAUGUUGGAAUCAACCCAGUUGAGGAUGCAACAUGUCCGCGAGGUUACAGAUUGGUGGGGGAUGUGUGCUAUGAAGAGGCGCGCAAAGUUGUUUCAGCAAUAACUCCUGUACCUGGGGGAGUUGGUCCAAUGACAAUAGCAAUGCUUCUUUCCAAUACUCUCACCUCAGCAAAGAGAAUACACAACUUCCAAUGAAGUUGUAUGACCGCUUCUUCCAAUGCAGAACUCUCCGACUUUCAGGUUACUUGCUAAAUUUAUGUUACGUAUUUCUGUUGCUGAUCACGGGCUUCCAUUUUCAUCUCUGGAAGCAAUCAGCUAAAACCUGGAACCAUUUGUCGCUUGUAGGAAUAUCAUGAGUCAAUGGCAAUGAACUCUGCAGCACGUUUUAACACAGAGAGACUUGUGCACUCGACAAUGGCUGGCAUGCCUGCUGCGGACUGUUAGUUUUAUCCGGGGGUAGUAACGGUCCGUAUCUUUUUGAUCUAUCUAUAUCUUGUUCAAUAAGAACAAAUUAUGCCCUAGAAUCUUGACGAGCUCUGUCUCCAGUUAGUGAGAAUAUUUGUAAGACAUCUUGGUAGUAGUUGACAGUACAAAGAUGAAAGAUGUCUUUGUUAAGAACCAUGCAUCUAUGAUUGUUGCGUUCCUUUCUACCAGAAUACUUAUAUGUGGAUGGCCUCAGCAAGAUUGCAAGCCUAAUAGGAGUCAGGAGAAGCUAUUUGUAUGGAUCAUGAAACUAAGAUGGAACAGAGCCUGAUUCUUAUACCCAGUUGAGUUAGGGUUAGUGCUGUCGUGUGGGGUUUCAGGCAUAUGUUGCUCUGCUAGCCCUCCUGCAGCUCCUAUUAUGUUGGUGGGAAUCCCCUCUCUGAAUAGGAGUGUUUUGUAGUGGGUCAUGAGAAACAUAACGGGGUUUAUCCUGGCUCUAGGAUACUGGAAAUGUGGUUAAGAUCAGUAUUCAAUUAGUAAAAAAAUGAAAUCCAG